AUGUCGGAUGAAACUCCGCCUGAAGAACGAAUCUUGGUAACAGAAGCAUGGACACAUUCAGAUUUUUUGUGUAAAAAUUAUAUUCUGAGUUGCCUGCGGGAUGAUAUGUACAAUGUGUACAGUAAUGUCAAAACCUCAAAAGAACUCUGGGAUGCUUUAGAAAAGAAGUAUAAAACAGAGGAUGUCGGAAUUAAGAAGUUCAUUGUGGCAAAGUUUCUGGACUAUAAGAUGAUAGACAGAUUGGUUGUGAAUGAUGUUUUUCAAGUGGCUGCCACUAUUGAGAAGUUACAUCUAUUGUGGAAGGACUUCAAAAACUACUUGAAACAUAAACGCAAGGAGAUGACUAUUGAAGAUCUCAUGGUAAGACUAAGAAUCGAAGAGGAUAACAAGGCCGCAGAAAAGAGGUCACGUGGUAACUCAGCAAUAUAUGGAGGUCCCAAGAAGGACAAGAAGAAAGAUCAAGCAAAUUUGGCUAAAUCCAAAGAAGAGAUGGACGAUCUUUGUGCAAUGCUUUCAGAAUGCAACUUAGUUGGAAAUCCAAGAGAAUGGUGGAUAGAUUCUGGUGCCUCAUGCCAUGUUUGUUCCAACAAAAAAUUAUUUUCAUCAUAUACUCCAGCACCUACAGACGAGAAGUUGUUUAUAGUAAACUCCGUUGUUGCAAAAGUGGAAGGAACUGGCAAAGUCCUUUUAAAGAUGACAUUGGGCAAGGUGGUGACUUUAAACAGGGUCUCGUAUGUUUUGAAAUUGCGAAAGAACUUAGUUUCUAUACCAGUUCUGACUAAGAACAGAUUCAAAUGUGUAUUUGUUUCUGAUAAAGUUGUAGUGAGUAAGAAUGAAAUCGGUGCUUCAGUUGUUUUCCGAUGGGGUUUGGUCGGAGUUUUGUUGGUUAGUUGUUUGGAGGUCGAAGAACUGGAGCUUGGAACUGGCCGGAAAUGGAGAAGAAAGGUCUUGUUGUCGUCACCAGAAAGUGGUCGUUUGGAGGUUGUUUUGGUGGUGUUUCGCCGGAAAACGGAGAAAAUGAAUGGGAUUGCCGGAGCUUGA